UACAUGUUUUCUUCAAUUUUUGUCAUAGGAAAAAGAUGAUCACAAGUGAAAUUCUCAAGGAAUGGCCAGAAUCUAACCCUAUACCUACAUUCAGAUCAAAUUACACAAAUGAAAUAAGACAGCUACAACAGUUUCAAGAAAGGCUUGGUGAUGAUGAAAAAUAUAUUUAUCCUGAAUGGUCUCUUGGCAAAAAUGCAAUUAAAGAAAUGGUUUUAAAACACAUGGCUGAAAGAAGGAGAAAAGUAAAGAAUGCAAAUAUAUAUCACUCUGGGUACACAACUACAGAAAGUGAAACAUCCUCUUGUGAUUCUCCUCCUUCUACAUUGUCAUCAUCUCCAGAACUAGACAGCAAGAGAAAACUAUGGAAAGACUACUUUAACCAAGAUCUGACACAAGCAAGCUGCGACACAAUUAUCUUGGUGSCCCUCAACAAAGAUCAUAUUCGUGAUAUACAGAUGAUGAAACACUUAAUGCCCUUAAAGAAAAUUUUCAAGCUAUCACUUCUUCGUGGGAAGGACAAAAAUAUGUUCAUUAGAGCAAUUGCUAACAGCAUGAUGAUUGAGAACUACAUCAUAAUUGCUGAUGAUGCCAAUUUGUCAAACUUAAAAAGAGAAGAUGUAAAAUGUGUAAAGCAACUGUCUUUUUGAGCUGAUGAAUAGUACCAACAUUUGCUGAUGAAAUUUUGAACAUUAUCACUCUUUUGUUGUGUUAUAAUAUUAUAACUUAUAAGCUACAUGAUGUGUAUCUAAUGGAGGACAAUACAUUGGAUAAAGGAGUCUUUAAAGCUACAUGUGGACAUUGACAACCUAAGAAGUUUGCUUGCUGUUGAUAUUUUGAAAGCAGUAAUUUUGCUGUAAAGUUCUGUUUGUCAUGAUUAUACUUCUAUUGUGUUACAAAAUUACUCAGUUACUGGCCAAAGACAAAUAAUUUAUCAUUGCCCAUUGGACAUGGACAGGCUAGUUAAACACUGAAUAAUUUCCCAAAGACACUACACUGUAGUGGUUAAUAUAAAAGAAAUUGAGUUACUGGCCAAAUUCAAGCUUGUUUUUAAAUAAAUGUAAAUGUUGGAAAAUGAA